AUGUUGAUUAAGAAGGUGGCUUUGCAAGGUGUCAGCCUAGCAUGGCUCGCUCUUCCGUUGGCUAAUGCGUGGUACUGUCCUCCCCCGGGACCCGUUCUUCCUGCCGCCAAAUCUCCUAGUACUAGCCCGCAUAUCAAAGAGGCCAUUGAUGAUCUUUUCGCUGCCCUCAAACUCGUGUCUGAGACUUGGUAUCCCAACACUGCUAUUUCUGUAGCUGCCAAGUCCCUCCACGAGGAGACACCCUUCAUAUCCCACCACAUCUAUCCCAUCGGCGGAUUAAACACUAGUGGAGUAGCUGCUAUCGAUGAGGAAACGGUCUACCGUGUGUCUAGCGUUUCUAAGCUAUUCCCCGUUCUCGCCCUUCUUCGACUUGGAGUCAGCCUCGAGGAUCCAGUCAUCAAGUAUCUACCCGAGCUACGAUCUAUCAGAGUUGCCGAGGCCCCGGAUGCCAUCACAACUGUUGACUGGGAGCAUAUCACGAUUGGGAUGCUAGCAUCUCAUAUGAGUGGGAUCGCUGCCGAAUAUGCCGUCGACCUCGCUGCGGUUCCCUUUGACCUUGGCCCAGCAUUCCAGGCACUUGAUGAAAAGUCUUUCCCACCGUGUGCUGUGACUGGCCUGAACCCUGAGACUCUACCGCGAUGCACGCGUGCCGACUUCUUCCGCGACUUUGGUGUUCGACAUCCAGUCUUUGCUCCGGGAACUGCACCUGUCUACUCCAACAUUGGAAUUUUCCUACUAAGUCUUGUUGUUGAGGUAGUGUCCAAGGCGCCCUACGACACUUUUAUCCAGCAGAAUAUCUUGGGUCCUCUCGGCAUGACAAACACUACAACCGGUGCUGCGCCUGAUGUCUCGUACGGCGCUAUCGCUGUGAAUCAUACCAGCUGGGGCUUAGACCUCGGCUUUGAGAAUCCAUCUGGGGGGUUCUAUUCCAACACAAAGGAUCUCUUGGCCUUCGGAAACGCGAUUCUCGAGUAUAAGCUGUUGGAUCCCGUAACGACACGAAAGUGGCUGAGCCCUGUCGCCUUCACUGAUUCUAGCGGCGUCAUGGUCGGUUAUUCAUGGGAAAUCAUGCGUACCAAGAACAUUACAGGGGAUGGAAGAAUCAUACCCGCCAACUACAAGUCAGGACACCUUCCCGGCUAUCAGGCAGCUCUCAUCCUUGUGCCCGACUACGACCUUGUCUUAACAAUCCUCGUAGCGGGACCCCUUCACGAAGCGACAGAGAGUCUCUUGCAGCAUUUUGGCUCUCGCUUCAUUGAACGCAUGGUUCCUCCUUUGGAACAAGCUGCUAAAGAUGACGCUCUUAUUCGAUACGGCGGUAUUUACUCGGACCCUGCGAGCAACUCAACUUUGAGAAUUGAACUUGAUCAUGGCCCAGGUCUGUCCUUGACUGAACUCACAGUUCGAGGAACGAACUUGUUGGUGGAUCCUUUCGGCAAGCCAGCCCGCAUUCGACUGUACCCCUCCAAUCUAAAGACCAAGGACCGGGAGGCCUGGAGAUCCAUCACAAGCACUCUGACUGAGGAAGAAGUCGAGACAAUUGAAUCUGGUUUGAUUUGGGAGCAAGGCACCUGUCCAACACUUGGGACGCUGGAUAGGCGUGGGUACGGCUAUAAGUCACUUGAUGAGUUUAUCUUCGAAUUGGAUGCAUCUGGAAAUGUCAAAAGCCUCAACUAUCGCGCACUGGGCGUCAACUUUGAGAAGAACCAGGCGUCACCCAAGAAUCAGCAACAGGAGCCUACAGAGGAUCUUGUAAUCUUGCUGAGGGCACUUUUGGUCAAGCUUGAGUCUAAGUAG